AUGAUGUCAUCUCUGUCGGGAGCCACGAACUGGAGAGAGGACGGUGGAGGAGGUAACCCCACAGAGUGGGGGAAUCAGAGCUCCUCCACUGCCCCGGGGGCUCUAGAGGCAGCAGGGUUCGCAGGAGGCGACUGGAUGCAACUGGUGGCCCAGUCAGGGAACCUCUCUUUAUCCUUGCCCUCCCUGGACUUAUUCGGGGGUGCUUUGGCCACCACCUCCCCAGCGCCUUUGCAGCCAACGGCAAAUGUCACCAACCAGUUUGUCCAGCCGUCCUGGCGCAUCGCUCUGUGGUCCCUCGCCUACGGCGUGGUGGUGGCCGUGGCUGUCUUCGGAAACCUGAUCGUGAUUUGGAUCAUCCUGGCCCAUAAGCGCAUGAGAACGGUGACUAACUACUUUCUGGUCAACCUGGCCUUCUCAGACGCUUCCAUGGCCGCCUUCAACACUCUGAUCAAUUUCAUCUACGCGCUGCACAGUGAAUGGUACUUCGGAGCCAACUACUGCCGCUUCCACAACUUUUUCCCGAUCACCGCUGUGUUCGCCAGCAUCUAUUCCAUGACUGCCAUUGCGGUAGACAGAUACAUGGCCAUUAUAGAUCCUCUGAAGCCCCGACUGUCUGCAACAGCUACAAAAGUUGUCAUUGGAAGCAUUUGGAUCCUGGCUUUCCUUCUUGCCUUUCCCCAGUGUCUUUAUUCCAAAACGAAAGUGAUGCCUGGUCGAACACUUUGUUAUGUACAAUGGCCAGAAGGUUCAAAACAGAACUUUACGUACCAUAUUAUUGUGAUUAUACUGGUGUAUUGCUUCCCAUUACUUGUCAUGGGCAUCACCUACACCAUUGUGGGAAUUACCCUCUGGGGAGGAGAGAUCCCAGGAGACACAUCAGACAAGUACCAUGAGCAGCUCAAAGCCAAAAGAAAGGUGGUAAAAAUGAUGAUUAUUGUUGUGGUAACAUUUGCCAUCUGCUGGCUGCCCUAUCAUAUAUACUUCAUCAUUACUGGAAUAUACCAGCACUUGAAUCGAUGGAAAUACAUUCAGCAAGUCUACCUGGCUAGCUUUUGGCUGGCCAUGAGUUCUACCAUGUACAAUCCAAUUAUCUACUGCUGUCUCAAUAAGAGAUUCCGAGCUGGUUUCAAGAGGGCUUUCCGUUGGUGUCCAUUCAUUGAAGUGUCUACUUAUGAUGAGCUAGAGCUCAAGGUUACCAGGUUUCACCCAACCCGACAAAGCAGCCUGUACACUGUGUCCAGGAUGGAGUCCAUGACCGUGGUGUUUGACUCCAAUGAUGACCCCAACUCUAAAUCCACUCGAAAGAAGAAGGCAGCUUCAAGGGACACCAACUUCAAUGGUUGCUCAAGCAGGAAUUCCAAGAAGUCAGCUUCUACCACCUCUAGCUUUGUCACCUCCCCUUAUGUAUCUGCAGAUGAAUAUUCCUAA